AUGGUAGACAUCUGGCACUACCAGCCGAAUGCCGUGUGUGUGUGUGUGUGUGUGUGUGUGUGUGUGUGUGCUCCCCCAGGUGGUAAACAUGAGAAAUCGCGGUUGGCGUCUGAGUGCUCCUCUGCAGAGACGCAGUACGGGAAAUGUGUCCCCGAACACGGAGACUGUGGAGACGGUCUGAGAGAGGCGACCUGCAAAGAUCGCACCGACAAGAUUCACUGCAAGAUCCCGUGUAACUGGAAGAAGGACAUCAGUGACUGUAAGUAUAAGUUCGGCCCGUGGGGAUCCUGCGACGGCGACACCAACACUAAGAGCCGCUCAGGAACUCUGAAGCGAGUGCUGUUCAACGCCGAGUGUCAACCCACCGUCUCGGUUUCCAAACCCUGCUCCCCCAAAAUGAAGAAGACCAGAGGGGACAAGAAGUCGACCUGAAGCACGAAGAGAAGACGCUGAACAAUCUUCUUCAUCGAACACAAACGACCCGACAGACUCGUCCAAAACACACCAACCUUUGACUGUAUUCUGAUUUGAUGUUCUUGUGUUUUUUGGAUUCAAGCUUUCCCAGAAUCCUCCACUAGAUAAUAAUCAUAAUAAUAAUAAUAAUGAUGAUACUUCUGUCCCUCGUAGCUUAUAGUUUGUUUUAACAGUACAUUUAGUCUUAAAAGCUUUUUUAAAAGUAGCUAAAGUUAAAUUAACAUCCAAGAAUUGUUCUGAUUGGCUGUGAAAACUCUCGUGAUGAUCCAGACUCCAUACGUUGGAUUAUAAAGAGUUCUGUUUUACUCAAGUUCAGAACCUCCUUUAAAAACUGUAUGAAAAAAAUAAAUUAGGAAUUGGAUGAAUCUGUAAUG